AUGACGCCUGAAGAAUCGCUCCGUCUGAUCAAAGCCAAUCUGGCUGAGAUCCUCAACCCUGAGAUUAUCGACAAUGUUGUCCUCAUCGAGAAACGACCACUAGAAAUCUACUGGGGCACCGCGACCACGGGGAAACCGCACUGCGGUUAUUUCGUACCCAUGGUCAAGAUCGCAGAACUUCUUGAAGCUGGAUGUCGCGUCAAGAUACUCAUCGCUGAUGUCCAUGGACUCUUCGAUAGCGUGGGCGUACCAGCCCAGCUAAUCCCCCAUCGAUGCGAUUACUACCAAUUUGUGAUCAAAAGCCUCCUGCGAGCUAUCGGUGUCAGCACCGACCGACUCGAGUUUGUUAUCGGAAGCUCAUUUCAAUGGGACAGAAAGUACACUAUGGAUCGCUCACAGAUGGAGAACAUGACAACGUUUUCAACUGCGCUUAAAGCAAGCUCCGAGGUGGUCAAACAAGACGAUGACCCUAUUAUUAGUGGCGUGACCUACCCCAUUAUGCAGGCGCUAGACGAGGAGUACCUCAAAGUCGAUGCAGAGCUCGGUGGUAUUGACCAGCGGAAAAUCUUCACCUUCGCCCUCGAGAAUCUACCCAAGAUCGGAUAUAAGAAGAGGGCACAUCUGAUGAAUGUCUUGGUGCCAGGUCUUGGACAAGCACAAAAGAUGAGCUCAAGCGAUCCAAGCUCCAAGAUUGGACUUUUGGACACACCCGAAGAAGUGUCCAAGAAGAUCAGAAAAGCACUUUGCGUGCCAAGAGUGGUGGAGGGAAACGGCGUAAUUGCCUUCAUUGAGCAUGUCAUCUUUCGCAUCCUUGCACUCAAGGGCACGGUGGAAUUCGUGGUGGAGCAGAGAGAUGGAGAUGUUCUUGUCUACCAAGGCAUCGACAAGCUCAAGCAAGGCUACGAGCAAGACAUCUUGACACCGCAGACUAUUAAGCCAGCACUGAUCGAGGCCCUCAAUGAGUUGUUGGAACCGAUCCGAGAAGAGUUUAAGAAGUCGGAAGAAUGGCAACUGACUGAUAGGUCAGGAUACCCACCAGAGGUGAAGCCAGUGAAGGCAAAGACGAAGAAGAUAUAG